AUGCCUUCACUUCGCCGGCUUCUGCCUUUUCUUGCUGCAGGCUCCGCCGCUCUGGCAAGCCAAGAUACGUUUCAAGGCAAGUGUACUGGUUUUGCAGACAAGAUAAACCUGCCUAAUGUGCGGGUAAAUUUUGUCAAUUACGUGCCUGGAGGCACCAAUCUUUCUUUGCCAGAUAAUCCCACCAGCUGCGGCACAACCUCUCAAGUAGUGUCCGAGGAUGUCUGCCGUAUUGCCAUGGCUGUUGCAACCUCAAACAGUAGCGAAAUCACCCUUGAAGCAUGGCUCCCACAAAACUACACUGGUCGUUUCCUGAGUACGGGCAACGGUGGUCUCUCAGGCUGUAUUCAGUACUAUGAUCUAGCGUACACCUCCGGCCUCGGGUUUGCCACGGUUGGCGCCAACAGCGGCCAUAACGGAACAUCCGGGGAGCCUUUCUACCACCACCCAGAGGUCCUCGAAGACUUUGUACAUCGUUCAGUCCACACUGGUGUCGUGGUUGGAAAGCAAUUGACAAAGCUUUUCUACGAGGAAGGGUUCAAGAAGUCGUACUACCUUGGUUGCUCCACUGGUGGUCGGCAGGGCUUUAAAUCCGUCCAGAAAUAUCCCAAUGACUUUGAUGGUGUUGUAGCCGGUGCACCGGCAUUCAAUAUGAUCAACCUCAUGUCAUGGAGUGCCCACUUCUAUUCAAUCACGGGGCCAGUUGGGUCCGACACAUACCUAUCCCCUGACCUGUGGAAUAUCACCCAUAAGGAGAUCCUGCGUCAAUGCGACGGUAUCGAUGGAGCAGAGGACGGCAUUAUUGAAGACCCAAGUCUUUGCAGCCCGGUUCUUGAAGCGAUCAUCUGCAAGCCUGGUCAAAACACUACCGAGUGUUUAACUGGCAAGCAAGCCCAUACCGUUCGCGAAAUUUUCUCCCCGCUGUACGGAGUGAACGGCACCUUGCUUUAUCCCCGCAUGCAGCCUGGCUCUGAGGUGAUGGCUUCUUCCAUAAUGUACAACGGCCAGCCUUUCCAGUAUAGCGCAGACUGGUACCGCUAUGUUGUCUACGAGAACCCCAACUGGGAUGCAACCAAGUUCUCCGUCCGUGACGCAGCCGUCGCUUUGAAGCAGAACCCAUUCAAUCUCCAGACCUGGGACGCAGAUAUCUCCUCUUUCCGCAAGGCAGGCGGUAAAGUCCUCACCUACCACGGUCUCAUGGAUCAACUUAUCAGCUCGGAGAACUCCAAGCUUUACUAUGCGCGCGUUGCGGAAACCAUGAACGUCCCUCCGGAAGAGCUGGACGAGUUCUACCGCUUCUUUCAGAUCAGUGGAAUGGCCCAUUGCAGUGGAGGUGACGGAGCGUACGGCAUUGGAAACCAGCUCGUGACCUAUAACGAUGCCAAUCCUGAAAACAACGUCCUCAUGGCUAUGGUUCAGUGGGUGGAGAAGGGCAUCGCCCCGGAGACCAUUCGUGGUGCUAAGUUUACCAAUGGCACGGGCUCGGCCGUGGAGUAUACUCGCAAGCACUGCCGCUACCCUCGCAGGAAUGUAUACAAGGGGCCAGGGAACUACACUGAUGAGAAUGCCUGGCAAUGUGUUUAA